CACUGUCAAUCAAUUUAGUAAACAAACAAGAAUUUUAGAAACACUUUAGAAAUAAGCAAAAAUAGAAAUAAUUUGUACGAUUGCAAAUAGGAACGUUGAGGUUCUUAUUCUAUGUGCAGUUUAAUAAAUAAAAAGAAUUCUUAAAUUUUAUUGAACUAAAUUAAUGUAAAUAACAUAGUAUAAAGGCAGCAGAAGUAAAAUGGUGAAAUAAAUAAAAAUAGUAAAGUUGCACAGGCCUGACGCAGCGAAAUUGUAUUACAGGUUUAUAUUGCUACGUAUGUACAUAAACACAUAUUGUACCUACCAAUGCAAGUACUUUGUUGUGCUACGUAGCGAUAAUACAUAUCAACGUUGGUAGAUAAGUGAGCCACACGAAAUAAGGGCAAAAUAUAUUCAUUGUAAGUGUAACCACAAUGAUUGAAGCAUGGUCUAUGGGCCCUGGCACUUUGGAAGUGCCCCUGUCACUAUUUGCUAAAAACAGAGAGAGGCUUGCGGGUAAACUGCGAAAUGGACAAGUGGUUGUUUUGCAAGGUGGAGAUGAUAUUAGUCAUUAUGACACAGACAUUCACUAUGUUUUUAGACAGGAAGCAUAUUUCACUUGGGUCAGUGGCGUCAGAGAGCCAGGCUGCUUCUUUGCACUUGAUGUGACAACGAAAAAGUCCUACCUCUUUGUACCACGACUUCCAGAAGAAUAUGAGGUGUGGAUGGGCAAGCUGCUAACUUGCUCAGAGUUCAAGAAAAUAUAUGGAAUUGAAGAAGUACAUUAUGUUGAUGAGCUUCAAGCCAUUUUAAAAUCUUUGAAUCCUGAUACACUUCUUACUCUCAAUGGUCCUAACACUGACAGUGGCUUAACUGCAAAGGAGGCAGUGUUUAAAGGAAUUGAUGAAUUCAAAGUGGACAAUAAAGUACUGUUUCCCAUUAUCGCUGAACUGCGAGUUAUAAAGACUCCUCAAGAAAUAGAAGUGAUGCGAUAUGUUUGUAAAGUAUCAUCGGAUGCUCAUAAACAGGUGAUGCUGUUCGCGCGUCCCGGGCUGAUGGAGUACCAGUGCGAGUCAGUGUUCCUCGACCACUGCUACCGCGUGGGCGGCUGCCGGCACGUCUCCUACACCUGCAUCUGCGGCUCGGGCCACAACGGCGCCACACUGCACUACGGCCACGCCGCCGCGCCCAACGCCAAGAUGAUACACACAGGAGACAUGUGUCUGUUCGACAUGGGCGGCAACUACGCGGGCUACGCGGCGGACAUUACGUGCUCGUUUCCAGCCACGGGCAAGUUCACGGACGACCAGAAGCUGGUCUAUGAGGCCGUGUUGGCAGGCAGAGACGCCGUAGUCAGAGAAGCAAAGCCAGGAGUGCUGUGGAGCGACAUGCACUUGGCGGCAAACAGAGCCAUGUUGGAGCAUUUGAAGAAAGGCAAUUUGCUAAAAGGCGAUGUGGCAGACAUGAUUAAGAACGGCGUGAACGGCAUACUGCAACCGCACGGUCUCGGCCACCUGCUGGGACUAGACGUGCACGACGUGGGCGGCUACCUGCCGCACUGCCCGCCGCGGCUCGCGGGCCCGCUCGGUAGACUGCGCACCGCGCGCGCUCUGCAGGCGGGGAUGAUACUCACCAUCGAGCCGGGCUGCUACUUCAUAGACAGGCUGUUGGACGGUGCGAAGAACAACCCAGAGCAAGCUCAAUUCUUCAACUGGGAGAGAGUAGAACAGUUCAGAGGAUUCGGAGGAGUUCGAAUUGAGGACGACGUACUCAUCACUGAGCACGGAGUCGAAAAUUUGACAUUCGUACCUAGAACUGUCGCAGAAAUCGAAGACUUUAUGGCGAACGGGGCUAACUUCAAAAAGUGCUGACUGUGCAUUACAGUCGACAGGAACUGAACCAUGUAAAGCGAAUUUAUCAUUUUAACAGUGUAUUUUUUUUUUUGUCAAAUGUGAUUUAUGAUUAUAGCUCAAAAAAUGUAACUUUCGUAUAAUAAUUGGAACAAGGGUUCGAAAUAAACCAAUUUUAAUAAUAAAAUAGUAAAAAAAUAAUUCAAAACUUGCUCAUCGUAAUGGCACAUAUAACCUAUAGACCAUCAUGGCGGACAGAGUUUCCGCCCAAUUUUAAUUUCAAUCAAAGGUUUCAUUAUAAUUUGGGAGUAUCCAAGUCUUAAUAAUUAUAUUUUUUACGAUCUAAUAGAAUAAUAGUGAACUAUUAAGACCUUUUGAAAAAUAUGUCAACUAACCUAUUACAAAUGUGCAGCAACUUAUUAAUAAAUAGCGGAUGCCCGCGACUUCGUCCGCUUUUAGACCUCUUUAAUCCAGCCCUUACAGUAGUAUCGCUAUAAAAAUGGAGCAACUUCUCCCGUUUUCCCAACAUUUCCCUUCACUGCUCUGCUCCUAUUGAUCGUAACGUGAUGAAAAGUAAGUAUACUAUAACCUGCCCAGAUGUAUGAAGAAUAAUUGUACAGAGGUUCGUUAAAAUCCACCAAGUAGUUUUUGUUUCUAUAACAAACAUGCAGACAGACAAAAAUUUUACUGAUUGCAUUUUUGGCAUCCGUACAGAACAAUAAUCAGCCCCUGAUAGUUAUAUUGGAAAUAUAUUUCAUGUAAAAAAUUGACCUCUCUACAGAUUUAUUAUAAGAUUUAUAGAUGAAACUUACAAAUCAACUAAUUAUUUAAAAAUAAUUUUUAUUAACUUUAUUUUUAUUUUUUUAUUAAAAAUUUAUUUAUUUUAUUUUUAUUUAAAACAUAGCACUUAUAAUAAUAUUGUAUAUUGAGUACUUGUUAACCAUGUAUUCGUUAUGUUAAAAGAAUAUUAUUAUUUAAUAUAGGCCAUCCUAAUAUUAAUUAUUAUCAAACAUAUAAUCUAAUAUACUAGAUUAUUACACAAUUAAUUAUUUAUUAUUAAAACUAUUUUAUUAUAAACCAACGGACGCCUACAACUUUUUCGCGUGAAAUUCAGUUUUUCACAAAUACUUAUGAGUUUUUUUGUGAUUAAAAGAAGCAUAUGAAUUGCUCAAUAACCUCCUCUAUCUACCAGGCAUCUACUAUAAAAGGCUCAUUUAACCAUUCCAGAGAUUAUACCGGAGAAACAGACAGACAAAAAUUUAAAAAAAGCUUGAUUUUGUUUUAAUGUCAUAUAAACAACUUGCUAAUAAACGGUAAGCCAAAUCACAGGCACACUCAGGCACUUUUAAUUUAUAUGUAUUGAGUACAUUUUUAAUCCUUUAUAAUCUUGGGAUAUUAUAUUAUUAUUUUUGUAAUAAAAAUAAAAAACAUUGUUAUUAUAAAUAAAUGAUUUUUAUUUUA